UUUCAGGUGGAGACCCUUCUAUCAGACUGGGAGUACAUUGGGCACUGGGACAUUGGCUCAGGACUACAACUCCCACAAUGCCCCGCGCCCUCGACCAAUCAGAGCGUGCCGUGCUGGUGUCGUCAGAGCUCCCGGCGGACCAUUGGCGACGGAGGACGAAUCAGGAGCGGCGUUGGGACGAUGCGCGGCUGCGUUAUGGUUCGAAACCAUGGAUGUAUGAUGUGGUGACCUCUGUUUAAAACAACUCCAUCAUGAACAUGGACCUUUGGAAAACAAUCUCAGUAGCCAAGAAGGAGAAGCACAGAAAUCUGUACCUAAAUUACAAGAACCUUCGCAAAUUCCCACACGAAUUAUUGAAAGAUGGUGGCUCACAUCACUUAGAACAUCUCUAUAUGAAGAUGAAUUCAUUAACAACACUGCCUGAAAACCUUGGACAGAAACUUCCAAACCUUAUUGAACUUUACUUGCAUUCCAAUAACAUAGAAGUCAUUCCAGAAGCAAUUGGCACGUUGGUUAAACUUCAAUCAUUGGAUCUUAGUAAUAACGCGUUGACAAUCAUUUGUCCUGAGAUUGGUCAGCUGAAAUCUUUGAAGCAUCUGCGGCUCACAAACAACCAAUUGCGAUUUCUUCCAUCAGAAAUUGGAGAUCUAAGGGAACUGCAGACCCUCGAUGUCUCAGCCAACUGCUUGACUGUGUUGCCAGAAAGUCUACACUUAUGCGUUUCUCUUGAGUAUUUGGCUGCAGAUCGGAACCAGCUUAAAGAUUUACCUCGGCAACUUUGCACGCUUCCAAACUUGAAAGAACUCUCCGUAACUAGCAACAAGUUAAAAUGUUUACCACAAGAUCUGGGGCGAUAUGCAGAACUGCAGUAUGUAUAUGUAGACAACAACUUUCAACUAUAUGGACUACCUUCUUAUCUCUAUACCAAGGUUGUUGGACAUAGUGGUUGUGGAUCCUCAACACAUGAUGAAGAAGUGAAGCUCUUGUUCACUUAUAGGCAGAUGUCCAUCCCUCUGCCGGAUGAAAUCCUUGGAAUAGGAACAGAAAACGACCCUGUGCCAACCCUCCAGGAAAUGGUCAUGAGAACUAUCUAUAGGUUUUUCAGAAUAUCUGAGAAAGGUCUGGAUCUCUUGUCCCCAAUCUCAUUACCAAGAAAUCUGUACAAGUUACUAUUCUACCCACUGGGACAUUGUCAUCACUGCAGCAGGCCAAUGUUUACCAUUGUCUAUCCAAAGUGUUAUCCUCUGAUGGAGACUCCAAUGGCUGCCUUGUAUAAUGGGAGGACAAAAAUCAGCUUUGUAGCAUACUGUUGCUCUAUCAAGUGUCUACAGCUUUUUGACUUGCUCAGCUGAUAGAUCUCAUGAUGAUCAAUGAAUCCGUGCCAGCACUUGGAAGAGACAUUUGAAGGUGGAAACUCCCUCUGACUUGCACAGCUCCUCAGUGAGACCUUUAUGAUUUUCAAAAAUUGUGCCAAGUUUUGAGAAAACUUUGUGAUCCCUUUCAAUUUGUACUAAAAACGAUUCCACCAAGUAAUGUGAAAUCUUAAUUUUAAUGAAAAUUACUGUCUCAGUUAAAAAUCUAAAUGGUUUGAAAAUCUGCUACCCGUAAUCUGAUCAAUAACGCAAGCACCAGGGAAAAUCUGAAACUAACAAGUGAAACCCAUUUUGGUUUAAUUACUUCAAGACCAUAGCAAAGUUUGUAUGAAGUGUUUAAUUGCAGAAUUUGGAUGGACAUAAUACUUUGCGCUUUCUUUCGUUCUCAAAACCUAGAGAUUACUUUUGAUUUGAUGAUAAUCUGCAAUUUUAUUCUCAAAUUAAAUACAUAGUGAAAUAGUUACAAGCAAAUUGUAACCAACUACCACUGCAUUGGAUGGGUGGUGGGGAGGGGGGGGUGUGGUUGUUAGUAUUUCUAUAACAGAGUCUAUAUGGAAACACAAAUAGCUGUAACCUGGGGGACGAAUGUAAUAAUUUUGCAAUGAUUCAGGUUGGAAGGUCAGUUAUAAAUAGUAUUAUUUAUUUCUGGUUGAAUAACCAGUUCCAAAAAUUACAAUUAACAAAUAAAUUGUCAACUAUUCAAGUUUUGGUUUUGAGUAUCGCCGUUUUACAGGAACAGUUAGCAUUUUGCAAGGUUGCUGAAGUGUAGUAAUGGGGUCAUGUGCCAGUUGCUACUUGUUCAUUAAAAUCAUGUGGAAUGGGAGGUCGGAAUGACACUCCCGGGGUGUUAUAAAACUGUUCAGACUAUUGCUUGUUGGCUUUGAUCCCUCGUGUAGACAAAUUAAACUGAUUUGGUCCAUUGUA